CGGAGCUCUUUUUGUGUUACUCAUUGAACGCACGUCACAUCUAUCUCAGCGAUGGCGGAAGAAGCUGUUUUGAUUGAAGGCUCAUCCUUUAUGGACCCUUUCAAAGGGCUGUUGUUGACAUAUUUCAUGCCAGAAUCAUGCUACGACGAGUUCUUUCUCAAUUUCAACUUCCUGGACGUACCAUGUCUGAAGAUUUUACUCAGCAAAGGCCUGGGCAUCGGCAUCAUCCUGGGAUCAGUGAUGGUGAAGCUGCCUCAGAUCUUAAAGCUGAUGGGGGCAAAGAGCGCCGAGGGGCUGAGCUUCCACACUGUGCUGCUGGAGCUGCUGGCCAUCACAGGAACCAUGGCCUACAGUAUCGCCAACAAGUUCCCCUUCAGUGCUUGGGGGGAGGCUCUGUUCCUCAUGCUGCAGACAGUCGCCAUUGGCUUCCUCAUUCAGCACUAUGGAGGAAGAACCAGCAGAGGUCUCCUGUUCCUGGCUGUGUAUUUUGUCCUGCUGCUCCUCUUGCUUUCUCCUGCCACUCCCAUGUCAGUGGUUACCUCAUUACAGGCCUCUAACAUGCCAGCCAUCAUCGUUGGCAGGCUGAUCCAGGCGGCCUCUAACUUCCGUAAUGGGCACACUGGCCAGCUGUCCGCUGUCUCUGUCUUCCUGCUGUUUGCUGGAUCUCUCGCUCGCAUCUUCACCUCACUACAGGAAACUGGAGACUCUCUGAUGGCCCUCACCUACGUCAUCUCCUCCUCCUGUAACGGCAUCAUCGCCCUGCAACUUCUCAUCUACUGGAACUGCUCCCCAGAACCCAAGAAGAAGAGCGAGUAGGGCACAGGACAUGAAUCAUAAAGGGGCACGUUUCUUUCCAUAUCCUACCUUCAGCCCUUCUCACAAAGGUGUCUUCAGAACGAGAACCCCAAGGGGUGUGGAGAUAAUCGAUCUGCUGGACAAAAAUUUGACUGUGAAACAAGGAUGUGAAAAGAACACCGGAACCAUAUCGCGCAUGUUGCCCCACUGCGAUGAUUGACCAAUUGCUGGUUUUGUGUCUGAUCCAGACUACCGCGCUGUGCAAGACCCUGAGAUUACAUUCCUCUUGAUCCUCACUUCUGUCAGGCUCCGUUCACACUGGUGUUAUUUUAUAUUAUGAUAUAUAUAUAUAUAUAUAUAUAUUAUAUUUCGGAACAUUUAGUAUACUUGUAUUUUGUCCUGAGCCAGGGCCUCGAUUUGCAUUCUUAUCAUCAUGGUUCUUUUGUGUAAAUGAUUUUAAACAGUUUUGAACUUGGAUGCCUGCAAAUAAGGAUAUGUUGUGUUUAUCAUUGACCAUAAACAGAACUGCACUCUAGA